GAGCUAGAGGAGCUAGAGGAAGAGGAGGAGCUAGAGGAAGAGUAAAGUAGUUUCGCUGCUGAUCUGCGGACGCACACUUGAGUCCACAUGUGGAAGAUGUGAAGCUGUGGAUGAAACAACAUGAGUGGACUAACACGGAUGUAGCUUCCCGCUGCCCUGCCUCUAUCUCCGGCUUCUCUCAGAGACUCAGUCGGGAUGUUUUCAACCAACAUGGAAACUAAAAGAGUGGAGAUUCCCUCCGGUGUCCUGGACGAUCUCUGCAGCCGCUUCAUCCUGCACAUUCCCAGUGAGGAGAGGGACAACGCCAUCCGGGUGUGCUUCCAGAUCGAGCUGGCCCACUGGUUCUACCUGGACUUCUGCAUGCAGAACACGCCAGGAGCUCCUCACUGUGGCAUCAGAGACUUCGCCAAAGCUGUUUUCCAUCACUGUCCCUUUCUAUUGCCUCAUGGAGAGGAUGUGCAGAAAGUCCUCGAACAGUGGAAGGAGUACAAGAUGGGUGUCCCUACCUAUGGAGCAAUCAUUUUAGAUGAAUCUUUAGAAAACGCUCUUCUUGUUCAGGGAUACCUUGCCAAGUCUGGCUGGGGCUUUCCAAAGGGCAAAGUGAACGAGGAUGAAGCUCCUCAUGACUGUGCUGUGCGCGAGGUGAUGGAGGAGACAAGCUUCGACAUCAAGAAUCGAAUCUGCAAAGACAUGUACAUCGAGCAGAAAAUCACUGACCAGCUGGUGAGGCUUUACAUUAUACCAGGAGUGUCCAAGGAUACCAAGUUCAACCCCAAAACAAGGAAAGAGAUCAGGAACAUCGAGUGGUUCCCCAUCGAGAAGCUGCCCUGUCACAGGAAUGACAUGACCCCAAAGUCUAAACUUGGACUCGCCCCCAACAGGUUCUUCAUGGCCAUUCCUUUCAUAAGACCGCUGCGAGAAUGUAUAAGCAGGCUGAAAGGCGAGUCGACGGACAGCGACGAGGACUUCACAAACAACAGCAGCAGUCCAGGCAAACCUUCAGACAACGUUCGGUCAAAAUCCCGCCACCUCACUGGUACCUAUGUAUUUCCUGGAAACGGCUGGACAAAACACGUGUCGCAGAAGGCUGCGGGCCAGCCGAGCCAGUACGAGCUGAACCAGAACCCAACCUUAAAGAGCAACGGGAAGAAAGGUCAGGACUCUUAUGUAAAGAAAGGAGCCAACGACAAUGGAGCCAGCAACCAGCAGGUGAAAACCAUAUUACGGGACGAUAAAAGACUUCAACCCAGACGACUGCAAGACAGUUUUGAGAGAGAUGGGUCUGAGUGCAGCUCCAACGGCCACAGCAGAGACUGUGAGCACCUGCUCUCGUCCAAGACUUUCCUGAACUUCAGAUUCGACAGAGAAGCCAUCAUGAAAUGUUUUGACUACUGACAUGAUGAAGCAUUGUGCCACUCCUGCAACAACAUCCAAAUAUGGCCUCUUGGGAACACUGUUAAUGACGAGCAACACACAAAACCAACAUGAAAGCGUCCUCUUCAUUCUCAUCACAAUUUAAAUGCUAAAAAGAGCAUUUGGGUUGUUUUCUUUCAUUGUCAGGAUUAUCAAUUAUCACACAGUAGAAUAGAAAAUCACUUUCACGUUCAGUUCAAUGGUUGUGUCAGUGGAGUGGAAACACAUUGAAUUAUAUGUGGAGUUUUCUUUCUCAUUCUGGCAUUGAAAUUUUAAUUUUCUCACAAAUCAUAUACACAAAAGGGAAAAAUGCAUUUAAAUUUGCGUGAGUAGAUACUUUUUAAUAUUGUCAGCCACAGACAUCUGUACAUUGUUGUUGAUGUUGGCCUUAAAUUUGACCCACAUCCCACUUGUGUUUGCCUGAUUUUUAGCAGUCAAGUUAACUCAGUAAUGUCCUGCACAGGUUUCUGGGUUUAAAUACCUGUACGUUUUAUUAGACAAGUUCUCGAUCGCGUUCUUCAUGACCCACUUGUGCCACAGAGUUUAAUCGGCUUAAAAACAUUAAGACUCUUGAGCUGCGGACCAUGACAGAGGACCACAACUGUGAAGUUAUUCACAUAUUCACCUGGAAACAUGAGCUAAGUUCAUUUUUCAUAGAAUAAUGAACUGUUUUCUGAAGUCUGUAAAGUUCAACCACAGUCUAAGAAUCUGGAUGUGAGUUCUUUGUUAUUAUUGACUGUACAGAUGCUGAUCUCCAGUUGUCCUCAGUGAUGUUAUGACUGUGAAUAAAGUAAAGUCUGUUUUUUCACUCUUGA